GUGUGAGUAAGACACAGAGACCCACGCUACGGUCUCUUUGUCCAUGCCGUAGCUCGCCUCAUCUUUUGCGUUCCUGCCCCUCUUUGUAUUGUGCUGAUGCUAACAUUAUGAUCUUUCCUUGGGCCCGAAGUCCUGGGUCUUCUCUCGAGCGUGUUUCUAAGCUCCAACAUCGUCAACUUCUUAAGAACGCAGACUCGCCGCAGCAGAAAUCCCCAAACCUGGUAGACCCUAUAUUGGACAACAAGGAAUAAAAGAAGACCGUCAACAUGACGCGAGACACAACCAACCCUGCAGCUCUGCCACGAGCCACCACCACCACCACCACCCACGCUCCCGCCCAGCAGCCUCCUCGGCCAACCUCCACAAACCCCCUCAGCAAGCCACGCAUCCUGUGCCUUCACGGGGGCGGCACCAACGCGCGCAUCUUCAAGGCGCAGUGCCGGGUCCUCUCGCGCGUGCUGGACCCCUGGUUCCGCCUCGUCUACGCCGAAGCCCCCUUCGAGUCGCAACCAGGGCCGGACGUGCUGUCCGUCUACGCCGACUGCGGGCCGUUCAAGCGCUGGCUGCGGUGGAAGCCCGAGCACGCGGCCAUCACGGACGAGGAUGUAGUCGCGGCGAUCGACGAGGCGCUGGCCGAGGCCAUGAGCGAGGACGACGACGCCGGCGCGACGGGCGAGUGGGUGGGCUUGCUGGGGUUCAGCCAGGGCGCGAAGCUCGCCGCAAGCUUGAUGUUUCGGCAGCAGGUGCUGCUCGCUUCUCCUGGGGGGCUUGCACAGGGACGAGACAACAAUAAAAACAGCACAGGGACAUCAAUACGACCACUACUGUCACCGGUCGAGUGGAAAUUCGCCAUCCUCCACGCCGGCCGCGCCCCGCUCGUCAACCUGCUCGGCGAGGCCACGUUUUCCUCCUCGCUGCUCUCGCGGCCCUCGCAGAUCGGCCUGGCCGACAAGCCUGACGACUCGGGCCACCACGUCCCCCACGACAUCAUGGACGUCGCCUCGGGGAAGCACAUGCUGGACCUGCCGACCGUGCACGUCCACGGCUUGCAGGACGUCGGCAUCCACCUGCACCGGGACUUGCUCGACACGUACUGCACGCCCGGCAGCGCGGUGCUGGUGGAGUGGGACGGCGCGCACCGGAUGCCGCUCAAGGCGGGAGAUGUGCAGCUCGUCGUGGACGCGAUGCUCGCGGUUGCGGCGGAGACGGGGGCGAUAUGAUGGGCCACGGCGAGGUGUAUAUUAUUGGAGUAUAUUUAGUAUAUGAUUGCCUUCUAAGCGAAUGAACGAGUUGCAAUUGUGUUGAGUGUGCU